CUUAUCUUUGUGUUUCAUCUUGUUGUUGUUGUUGUUGUUGGUUCAAGACAGACAGACAGAAACUGAAUUGAAGAGUCUUCAUUCACUUCCUACUAAGUGAAAAAGCAGAUAUCGAUGAUUGUGUCGACGAAGUUUCUAGCCGCGUUUCAGGCAUGCCAUUUCACGCGCUAUCAAUCAUGCCGCCGGACACUCAGACGGCUUGGCACCGCCGCGACGCUCAAGGUAAAUGGCAGCAACGACACAUUCUUUGCGGAAGAGGGGAUCUCAUGGACAUCUCUGGGUUUGUCUGAUCGCCUUUCUCGAGCUCUCUCCAAUGUUGGGCUGGAAAAACCCUCUCUUGUACAGGCUUCCUGCAUACCAAGUAUACUCUCUGGAGUGGAUGUGGUUGUCGCAGCAGAAACUGGUAGCGGCAAAACCCAUGGCUAUCUGGUUCCACUAAUGGAAAAACUAUGUAAUAACAGCCCCGGAGGAGGAGACAAGACUCAACGAAACCUUCAGUCUCUCGUUCUAUGCCCCAACGUUAUGCUGUGCGAGCAAGUAGUCAGGAUGGCUAACGGUCUACAGGAUGAUACUGGCGAACCACUUAUCAAAAUUGCAGCUGUUUGUGGGAAACAGGGUUGGCCAUCUAUUGAGCCGGAUAUACUUGUGUCAACGCCAGCUGCCCUUUUGAAUUCCCUUUAUGCAAUCGACGCAAAGAGGCAACGCCUGCCUGCUUUUAUGAGUGGUGUCAAAUAUGUCGUAUUUGAUGAGGCGGAUAUGUUGCUUUGUGGAAGCUUUCAGAAUCAGGUUAUUCGUCUAAUUCAUAUGCUCCGUUUUCAAGAAAAGCUUUUGUCUCGCUCCGGAAAAGGUGAAGAUGGUGUAGUGGAUGUUGAGUUUGAAGACGGCGAAAACCUCCAUGGAGAGUUUGAAGACGGCGGAAACCUCCGUGGAGAGUUUGAAGGUAGUGACAGUGAAGAAGACAGUAUAGCUGAUGAAGAAGAGGAAGACCACGAAAGCGCUGUUGUUGUUGUUGGGGACCCGUCAUCGAAGGGUGUUGAAGUUGAUUCUUCAACAAUAAGAAAGGGGUGGAGAAGGGUGAGGAAGACAUAUGAGCGUAGUAAACAGUACAUUUUUGUUGCAGCCACUCUUCCUGUCAAUGGAAAGAAAACUGCUGGUGGAGUGUUAAAAUGGAUGUUUUCUGAUGCCAAUUGGGUAAAUGGGAAUUACCUCCAUCAUCACAAUCCUAGAUUGGAGGAGAAGUGGAUUGAAGUUAACAGUGGGACACAGGUUGGCGCACUUAUAGAUGCGGUGAAAGAAGGUUUCGAUUCAGAAAUGAAUAAUGAUGAUGGGUUAAGAAGAACCAUGGUCUUUGCUAACACUGUAGAGGCUGUGGAAGCAGUGGCUAAGAUAUUGAUGAAGGCCGGGUUUGAGUGUUACCGCUACCACAGAGAUAGCUCUAUGGAAGAACGAGCCCAACACUUGAUUGCCUUCCAAGAAAGUGGUGGAGUUCUUGUCUGCACCGAUGCUGCUGCCCGAGGGCUCGAUAUUCAGAAUGUAUCCCAUGUUAUCCAGGCGGAAUUCGCAACAUCUGCUGUAGAUUUCCUGCAUAGGGUUGGUCGAACUGCUAGAGCGGGACGGCCUGGGGUCGUGACAAGCCUGUACACAGAAGCAAACCGUGAUCUUGUUUCUGCUGUUCGCAAAGCAGGGGAAUUGCAGAUGCCUGUGGAAAAGGCUUUUAGUAGGAAAAGAAGCUUCCGCAACAGACUAAAGAAGAGUUCGGGGAAAGCUGGAGGUGCAUCGAUGGCUGUGGCUACUGCAUGAUCUGCUGAUUGUUAAGAGCCCAGGCCAGCCCCAGAAUGAAUACACAUGGAAUUGUAACAUAAACUCUGUAAUUUUGUAUUGAAAGGGUGGUGCCCCUAUAUAAGAUUGCAAGAAUCAGUCAAGUUCCAGUUUCAGCUAUUCUCAAUUAUUUUUCACCCAA